AUGGAGGGCGUUCGUGCAGCGCUGUUUGCUGCAUCGGAUCGAUGCCGCCGAGUUCAGGGACCUGAGCAGGCUGCUCUUCCAGCGCUGCCCGAUCGGCGACUCAGCGCUCACAGAGACCCUGCUGCAGGCGCGUGUUGCAACGGGCAUAAAAUGGGACCCCCUGCUCCCCGUCACUCGUCUAUCCAUGACAAGCCGUCGCCCGGCGCUGAUGUGGCGUCUGUGAAGAAGAAGUCGAAGGCUAAGGGCAAGUGUUAUACUCUGAUGACGGAUAUCCGCAUUGUCCAAGAUGCGAUGCUGUCUAUCAAUUCGGGGGCGACGGUUAAGACGCCCCUUGAGGUUAUCCAUACCUUUUCUGCUAUUGCCGAUUGGAUCCAGGCAAUUAUUGCCUGGCAUAAUAGCCAGCUGGAUGCGAACCAGCCGGCUGGGAUGAUGGGGUCGCCUGAUGCCAUGCUUUUGUUUGAGGCUGUUGGGAUCCUACUUUCGGUUUUGACUGGGACCACGAAGGGUGUGGAAGUUCUCUCCGCGAACUCUCAUGAGGCACUCAAGAUACGGCUUGGCCAAGCUCUUACGGCAUAUCUUCCUCUUUGUGCUGAUAUGUAUCCGCCCUUGCACAGCCGGCUGGAUAGCCUGCAGAAGCAGUUCAAUCUGUAUGGCCAGCCACCGUCCAAGUUGGAGGUGUCGAUGAUGGGAGAUGUCAAUGUCAAUGCGCUGCAGUUUGAGGCGUCCGUGUUGGACGGGCCUACUAUACACUCUAGAGCUGGUCUCUACGUUUAUGUCAAUGCGAUGCUUGUCGGACGUCCUUUGGUCGAUGACAGUAUAUUACUAAACUAUCUUUACAAUCGUUAUGCAGAUCACUACGACGUCCUCAUCGAGGAGAUUAUAACCGCGUCAUUUGACGUCUUAUCAAACGCCAUGUACCGCAACGAGUCCGCGCGUACUAUGCUCCUCUUCCGCUCAUUCUUAGUUAACAAAUUACCGCCUUUCUUCGCGGCCCUGCUGGCCGUUUCAAUGGUAACCUUCUCUAUGGAAGAGUGCAUCAGCCACGCCCUGAGCCGGAUAGACCCGAACACCUUCCCGUCGUUCUCUCAGAUGUUUUCUAUGCAGGGCAACACCGCCCUGUCGGAUGUGCGGCAGGAGUUCCUCUUCUCCUGCGCGUCACACAAAUUGAUACCGGAGUCCAGUAUCGAGCGGUUGCUGGGUGAAAAUCCAAUGCAGACACUGCCUGUUGGAGGCUCCUAUGUCAAGGAUGACCUCAAGGCGCAGAUUAGCGCCAAUCACGAACGCGCAGAGCAGUUGAUCAGUGAUAUUGAAUCGACCGAGGGCAAUGCCGGCGCGAUUGUCGGCGCUAUUACCGAGGUGCGUUUCCCCAGUGUCUUUGGUGGUGUUUAUGCUGAUGUCGCAGAAUAUCUGCAACUCGUUAUCUCGCCGGCCGCAGUCCCUCGACGUUAUGCUGCUAUUCCGCAGCCCAAAGCAGAUCCUGCAGCCGCUCUGCGCGCUGCUCGAUUCCUGGCACUGGGACGAAGACCAGGGCGAGAGUCAGCCGGUGUACGACGAGUUCGGAAGCAUUCUUCUACUGGUAUUGACGUUCAAGUACCGUUGAUUGAACGAGGUUCGUCCAGUCAAAAGCUGGAGGAGCUGACCGGAAAGCAAAACAAGAACUUAGGCGAGUGGAUUGCGGCUCUCUUCAUUGCCGAGGGUAUCAGCGAGGAGACAAUGUCGGCGUGCAGUCCGCAGGAAUUCUACAUGCUUGUUUCGACGCUCUUCAGCCAGAGCUUGGGUGCAUGUGAAGCAGGAAAGCUGGAAUUCGAUACGCUGAAAGGCGGGUUCGAAUACCUCCUCGAACCCUUCCUCCUCCCCUCCCUCGUCGUCGCCCUCACCUGGCUCGGCAAUCACAUCUGGGAGAGUGAAGCAGACCCAACCAUCCCCCUGAAAGCCCUCCAGUCGCUAGUAUCACCUACCUCAAUAUCGGGCGAGGGGCGCGAAAUCCACCUCACAGUCCUGAACAUCACCGCGCGCUCAUUAGAAGAACAGCUCAAGGACGUGCGCGCCCGCCAUCCCACACGGACAGACAUCAAGCCCAUUCUCGACGCUCUAGAUCCAUGCCUCUCCUUCCAGCGGACAGGAAGCUGCCACAAAUCCGAGCUCGAAUCUUGGUCUUCGCAUAACCCCGGUGGAUUCAUCGGUAGCUUCCGGGCAACAUUUCAGUCUCUCAUCCUUUGGAGCACAAGCCCCGAUGCCACAAUGGCCCCGCCAUCCUAUACCCACCGCCAGAUGAUUACCGCCAUCCGGACGGUCGGAGCCCCCCGCAUUCUAUCCGCGCUCCUCGACGAACUCAAGUUCCAAACCGAGUCAAACACAGGCACGGCCGACAUCGCUCUCGACAUAGCAGCGAGCCUCGUCUCCGCCCCACUGCCCGAGUCCUACGCGCUCGACCAAUUCCAAACGCACCACGAGCACGCCGCCUCCAAACCCUCCGACAACCCACCUCGCUACCCCCUCCUCACCCCGCGCGACGCUCUAAACCUCAUCCACGAAUCCGUCCCCAAAUUAUCCGAAAAGGACCCCCUGCGCGCCGAACUCGUUGUCCGCCUCUACCGCCGCGUAAAUACCCUCCUUGCCCCGCCGGCCCAGGUCGCCCCGAACCUCGACAUGAACGUCAACGUCAACAUGGACAUGAACGUGCCCGUCAGUAUGAACAUGAACAUCAUGCAGAAUAUGCACCUUGACCCCUCCGGCACGGGCCAGCCAGACCAGAGCAUGGAUAUGAAUAUGGACUCGUCGGGCAAUGCGCAUGCACAAGGCCAGGGGCAGAGCCAUGGCGACGAGCAGGCGAACCUCAACCAGAUUAUGGAUAAUGCGGCGGCCGCCGUGGGGAUGGAUAUGGAUGUUAAUAUGAAUAUGGGCGGGGGCGGGGAUGAAAUGGGUGGUCUGGGACUAGGAGACCAGAGCAUUGAUGAUGUGUUGAAUGCUGCUGAGAUGAAUCCUGAGUUUCUUGAUUUGGAUAUGGAUACGAUGUUUCAGUGA